AUGAAGGCACCACUUACUAUUGCACAUAAAACCGAAGAUAUAGAUUCAGAUCCAUCUACAAACGCAGUCGCGCUCUCUAAUCCCCCCCGCUACCUCGGGCACAACCCUCCUUCCACGACCAGUCGCAUCGUUAGUAUCUUUAUUGACCCAAUCUACUUCGCUCUCGUUACGCCAACAUUGCAUACAACAGUGACCUCGGCUUCGUUCUUUGCCGCUGCCACAUUCCACUUUUCCUCUACAACACUUGCAUCGGUGGCGAAUUUCUCGCAGGCUCUCCUAUCAACAUUAGAUGCUAUUCUAGGUUCUACCGAGUCAUCUCGAGCCAUUGCCGCCAUCAUCACUCUCAUCCGCCGCGAGUUCAGGUCCGUCGAUGCCAAUGCCAAUACCAGUGCUGACAAUAUUGGCGUCGGAGAUUUAUUCAUCGGAUCAGUGGGAUUUGCGCUCUUACAGCGCUGGGGGAAAAAGAAAUCCGAGCGAGUACUUCGAGAAAAGGGUGGAGAUGAAGUCGUCUGGGAUACCGUCAUCUUGGACAACGGUGCUCGAGCUGACGUGCUCGGGACCCAUCAACUGCAUUUUGGAAACGGAGAUACGGAUCGUGAGGAACUGCCCGUGGAGCCUGAAAGGGCGUCCUUCGUGAUGCCUGGAAACGACGACGAGACUUUCGGGGCGGUGCGUCGUCGAUCUAGCAUUGGCGAUUCCCUCGCUGGCCACCGACUGUCAAUCCCCUUGGAUAAUCAGCACCAGAUAUCCGACGAAGACAUUCAAUCAUAUAUCAUGAGCCAGUUGCCACAUGGCUGCCACGCCUCAAUCAAAUCCGAAGUCUUGACGGCCCGUACGAUCACGGUGGAUAUUUUCGACGACGACAUGGCGGAAAUCGCUGCUCCCCCUGGCACCACCAUGGUCGAAGAGCGGUUUCACCACGAUCAGGACUAUGAUGCGACCAAAAAGCCGGAUCAUCAAAGGCUUCCAAGACACACGGUUGUCUUCCGAACAGCUUUCAACAAGUCUCACAGCACGCAGCUACGCCCCCAAGAUGUUCCAAAUAUGACAAGCCCGCCCGCAGCGGAGCGGCCUCAAAGUCCUUUAGCAGACCAUGCAUCACCACCAGGGAAUACCAAAUCUCAUCCGCAAAGAUCACAGUCUUACCCCGAGGUUAUCCACCCUGCCAUGAAAAGACAGGUGUCUAGCCCCGAGCCAUCUAGCGAACAAAGUCAAAAACCACCAUUCGGCAGAGGCUCUUUUUCAAAGUUUGCACAGCGUGUCAAGCCAAGUAUGACAGAAAAGUCCGAGGGUCCUAAACGACCACCUUCUAAAAAGCCGGCUUCGACACCGCCAGGUCCAUCUGGGGGCCCUACUAUUCGGCCCCCUUCUAAACCUGUCCGAGGAACGGCAUCAGUGAAAGAAGCGACAACGCGUGAGGUUUCCAACCGAGCAGACCCAAAGAGACGCACGAGCGAGAUACCAAAUCGGCCAAGUACUCCUGUUCCGAACCGCGGCCUGCCACGAUCACCAUACCCUGGCUCGCCUCAGUCACCGCGAACACCAGCGAGACCGGCCCCUCGCGAUGCUCAUGAACGCAAGAAUCCCAGAACGGGGCACUUUGCCGUUCGUGAAAAGAGUCAAGAAUGUUUGCUCACUCAGACUGAUGCCUUUUCCCAUCGCCGCGCCGGAGAACUACGUCCAGGGUCCCCGGCCACAACUCGCCAUGUUCGCAGCAGUAGCUCGAUGUCUGUUGCCAGAUCCGAAACAGAUGGAGCCGCCUCGGUCAAUGGCCAUCGUCCCAGUUCGUCAGCACAGCAUCAACGGUCCAAAUCGUAUACACCGAGCAUGUACUCUGUGGCCACAGCCGGUUCGGAAACAUCCCUCAUCCUAGCCCACCGACCCCGGAAGAGCGCAUACGAAGAUAUAGACACCAUCCAGGCGCUCAAUCGUGACGGCCUUGUCCCAGGCAUAUUUCCCGAGAGACAUUUUGUAUCGAAUAUUCGCCGUUUCUGCCGAUUCUCGUCAGCCUCAUACGGAUCCAAUGCCCUAAAAGUCAUGGGCGUACCAAAAGGAGGAAGCUUCAAAGGUGUUCCCCAAAGUGCAUCGGAUAGCCACGAGCACAGUGCAUUCUCAGACUACGCUGGCCUCCCGCCAUCUACAAUCCUACUUUCUUCCUUCGUCGAUCCAGCCGGUGGCUCCAAUGCAGCCGGUGAAACAGAAAGCGGCAUCCCGCUCGUCCACUAUCUCUCCAUCGAUCACGAUUCAAAAGCAGUCGUCCUCACACUGCGCGGGACCUGGGGCUUCGAAGACAUCCUCACUGAUAUGACCUGUGACUAUGACGAUCUUGAAUGGCAGGGCAAGAACUGGAAAGUGCACAAAGGCAUGCACGCUUCAGCAAAGCGACUCCUCGAAGGUGGUGGCGGACGGGUCAUGAUCACCCUCCGCGCCGCAUUGGAAGAAUUCACAGACUAUGGCGUCGUUCUCUGUGGACACUCGUUGGGCGGAGGCGUCGCAGCUCUCCUCGCAACGAUGAUCUCCGAACCAAACCUUGCCCCGACAGCAACAACAGGGAAAAGGACAGGAACAGGAACAGGAACUUCCUUCGUAACAGCCUCCUACGAACCCAGCCCUCGUCCACGCCUCUUAACUGUCGACACCGAAACAAGCCAUCACGCCAUACCACCACCAUCACAAACCUACACUCUACCCAACGGCCGACCAAUCCACGUCUACGCCUACGGGCCACCGGCCGUAAUGUCCCCAUUCCUCCGACUCGCAACACGAGGCCUAAUAACCACAAUCGUAAACGGGCACGACGUGGUCCCAAGUCUAUCCCUAGGAAUCCUCCACGACAUGCACACAGUCUCUCUAUCAUUCAAAUCCGACAUCAGCGGAGCAAAAUCGCACAUCCGCCAGCGUCUCCACGAAUCACUGCGCCAAAGCAUCAUCCACAAAUUCUACGUCAAUCAGCCGCCGCUGGUCAUUAAUGCCGGAGACGGGGUUGGCGAGGACGCUUGGGCUUGGAGAACGCUUAAUAUGCUGCGUGAUGAGAUGCGGGCGCCGAAACUUAUGCCCCCUGGUGAGGUUUUUGUUGUUGAGACUAUGCGGGUUUUGCAGCGGGAGGCGUUUACGCCUGUGCCGGACUUUUCGAGUGCGGUGCCGGGGUUGGAUGGAUAUCCUAGGCUUGGGAGGCCGGCUACUAGGGUGCAGAUGAGGUUUGUUAGGGAUGUGGAUGCUUGGUUUGGGGAGUUGAGGUUUGCUGGGGGGAUGUUGAGUGAUCAUAAUCCGGCGAGGUAUGAGACGAGUCUUGCGGCGUUGGCGAGGGGUGUUCUUGAUGAGUGA